AUGGACCAACUACAGAACGUGAUCGAUGGCUUCAUCGACUUUGAGGGACAACGACUAGCUGAGCAGCUCACAACCGUGCUACUGGGCCUUGCCGGGAUCGUGGCGUUCCUGGUAGGCUUCGUCAUGAAGGAUCUCUCGUACACGGUGUGGAUCGGGCUGGGCGGGACCGCGCUGACGGUGCUGGCCGUGGUGCCGCCGUGGCCGAUGUAUAAUCGGAAUGGGCUCAAGUGGUUGCCUGUCGAAGGCGGGCAGGGGAAGAAGACGCAGUGA